CAGCAGAGAGUCAUGUUGCAGUGACAGAUGCGGGGCGGGACUCGACCACUCUCACUGUCCAAACUGUUGCAAAACUUCAGGCUGGGACCAGUAGAUCCAGGAUAAAAAGGGGAAGACAUCGUUUUUUUUUAGCUUGAAGAGCUUGAAGAUACUGCGACCAUGGCAGAUGAAGCAGCCAUGGCGGAGGACGGCAUCGGGCCAGCCCAGACCCCCCUGGUCGAGGUCAGCUUCCAGAAGAACAUCCACAGGAACCAGAAGUACCUGGAGGCGGAACCCAAGGCCCUGGGGGUCACUCAGAUCGGCCUGAGUGUGUUUCAGAUCAUCUGUGUGGCCGUGUUUCUGGCCAAAGGCCUGAGUCACAUCGGUAUUGACAUCCCCUUCUUCAUUUCAUCUAUACUGGUGUUAAUAGCCGGGAGUGUGGCUGUCGCAGCACAGAACCUCCAUCUGCCAACGCUGAGAGCCUGUCUGGGGAUGCAGAUUGUGGCGAGUGGCGCGUCCCUGUACAAUGUGGUCUGUUCUCUGAUCAAGAUGGAAGACACACCCACCUACUGCUGGCACUAUUACUACGACAACAGCACACUUCGAACUGGCGAAAUCUGCCAUAGUAUAGAGAAUAUCCGCUCCCACUUUUAUGCUGAAUCUGUGCUCAUCCACGCUGCUCUGUUGGCCAUCUCCGUCACUCUGGCCGCCUACUGCUGCAAAGUGGUCAACUGCUGCGCACCAGCUCCCAGAAUGACGGUGAUCACUGUACAAGCCCCCGCCGUCCAACAGUGAGGAGACGCGUACAAAAGGGAUGCACAGUCACACACUAAUGCUUAUGUCAAAGCUGCACUAACACUUUUAUGUAUUAUAUUAACAAUGGACGACAUGAUUUAUGGUGUGUAAUGUGAAAUGUGUUGCUGGAGUUCCUCCUCUGUUUAGCCUCUUUUGGCUCGUUGUUUUGCUUUUUUUUAAGUCACAGCUGUUGAAAGCUAAAAAAUCGGUUGAAACCACUUGUUCACUGUCUGCUCCCGAGCAACCAGAGGCCACUUUUUCCAUUAGAUCUGUUUUUUGUAUGUAUUCAUUUUCUCAUGUGGUUUAAUCAUAGGCCCUGUUCAGACCAGGUAUUAACAUCCAUUCUGAGACUCUAGGGAUGUAUUUGUGUUCACACAUGGCGAAGCAUUCCUUAUUCACACUGCAGAAAGAAUGUGGCCGCAUCUCUGAAUGUGUGGUCGGAGCCUAAUAUGUCCGGGGUGCAUUCAUCACUGACCUGUGCUUACAUGGGACUGGAUUGCUCAACAUGCAUGUUAAUGCCAGGUAUGAUAUGAACCCGGUCGUAGUCUAUAGUUGUCGUAAUGUUGUGAAAACCUUGGAUGAUAUUAGAAAUGGGGACAAGUAACUGAACAUGUUAUUAAUAACCAUAUAUUCUGUUGAAGGUUAAAGAAGGUUAAUAACUCAACUUUAUGGAGACGACAAUUACAUUUCAUUUGAAAUGCUUAUCAUGCACAUUACGCUUUGCUUAAAAAAUACUUGUUGGUAACUUUAUAAAACCACUACCUAUUAACGCUUCACACUUUCCUUUGUCACUGCAAUUGACCACUGUGAACAAUAAAAAAGUUAACCCGUA